AUUUCUUAGUCUCGGCGCCAUUUUAUAUCAACGAAGUACUGGAAGUUAGAGAAAAAGAUUCUGUGCCAUCAAUAACCUUUGCUUUGCUUAUUGAUUUUAACAAUUAAUUAAUAUACUUUUUUUGUGGAGUUUAAUAAAACACCUGGAGACGUAAUUUUUUCAAGUUAAAUAGUUAUAAAAUAUUGCCUUUUCUAUUUAAUUAAAUUCACAAUGGCAAAUGGAAAUGAUCAUGACGAAGAGGGAUACGUAGUAAAAGUACGAGGUUUGCCUUGGUCAACGACUGUCGAUGAAAUUAUGAAGUUUUUUGGAGAUUGCAGUAUUUCUCAUGGUAAGGCAGGUAUUCAUAUGACAAUGUCUCGAGAAGGCAGACCAAGUGGAGAAGCGUAUAUUGAAAUGGAUUCCGAGGAAGAUAUAGAGAAAGCUUGUAAACGAGAUAGAGAUCAUAUGGGCCAUCGCUAUAUUGAAGUUUUUAAAGCCAAGAGAGGAGAAAUGGAAUGGGUAAUAAAAAGAAGUGGUUUAAAUUUAGAAAAUGCUAUGGACGAUGGAUGUGUUAGAUUAAGAGGUUUACCAUUUGGUUGUUCAAAAGAAGAGAUUGCACAAUUUUUCUCAGGGUUGGAGAUAUUGCCGAACGGGAUUUCACUACCGACAGACUACACGGGCCGCAGUACUGGGGAAGCUUACGUUCAGUUUGUUAACAAAGAUGUUGCGGAGCGCGCUCUGCAGAAACACAAGGAAAAGAUAGGACACAGAUACAUUGAAAUCUUCAGAAGUAGUUUAUCAGAAGUUCGAGCUAGUAUUGGACUCAAAAUGCGUGGUGGUCCAAUGGGUGGAUUUAAUCAAAGACCUGCUCCAUAUGAUCGUGGAAGUAGGUUUGGUGGGAUGAAUCGUUUCAACAAUAAUGCAAGAGGAAAUAGAGGAGGAAAUAGAGAUUUUGACAAUGGCCUAGGAUGGAAUAGCGGUAAUAACUUCCAAUCACGUGGAAACAAUAUGGGUGGUGGAAUGCGAGGUGGUAUGGAUAUGAAAGGAAGUGGAAAUUUCAGGGGUAAUGAUAACUGGAACAGUAAUAAUACCGGUGUACACUGUGUGCACAUGAGAGGCUUACCUUUUAGAGCAACGGAGCAAGAUAUAGCUGAUUUUUUUAGACCCCUUGUACCACUUAAUAUCAGAAUAAUUCUUGAGAGUGGAGGAAGAGCUUCUGGUGAGGCUGAUGUUGAGUUUGUAACUCACGAAGAAGCAUUAAAAGCUAUGUCAAAAGAUAAAAGUCACAUGUCUCACAGAUAUAUUGAACUCUUUUUAAAUUCCUCACCUGGUCCUAGUUCAGGUGGAAAUUCAAGUGGAAUGCUUGGAGGUAUCGGAAAUUUCUGUGGAGGUCUUGGUAAUAACUUUAGGCCUGGCUAUUCUCCAAACAAUAGAGGAUAUGGAAAUAGUCAACUCAGUGGUAGCAACUACAAUAGUUUUUAAUCAUUCAACUAGAAAUGUUUAAUAACAAUUCGAAAUCACAUCAUUCAUAGACCAGUUUUGGCAACAUCAUCAUGCAAUGAUAAACUACCAAAAUGCGUUCACCUUGCGUUUCAUUUUAUGAUACUUAACAAAAUAAACAUAAACACUAAUUGUAAGGUAAAUUUUAGAAUGUAAGGUUACAAAACAAUUAGUAUUAUAAUUGUGUAACAAAAUACAUUUUUGCAAUUUUGAGUUUAUGUUACAAAUUUGU